AUCAGUUUAGGCGCACUUUUCAAUGGACUCAAAUCGGGCGCUGCCAACGCGGAAUAUUCACAAAUAAGAAAUUAUUAAAAAAAAUUGAUUUAUAAACUUGUAAUUGAUUUGUUGCGUUUAAUGUCCGGUCAGUGAGGCGUGAGUUUGGCUUGGAUUACAAAGCAGUCGAUCCCAACCUGAGAGGAUGGUUCAGUUCCUGGGAAAACAGAGCGCCGCUGGUGAACUAAUUCACAUGGUGACGCUGGACAAGACGGGCAAAAAGUCCUUUGGCAUCUGCAUAGUGCGCGGAGAGGUUAAGGACUCGCCCAAUACCAAGACCACCGGCAUCUUCAUCAAGGGCAUUGUGCCUGACAGUCCGGCGCACCUGUGUGGUCGCCUCAAGGUGGGCGAUCGCAUCCUCUCGCUCAACGGAAAGGAUGUACGCAACUCCACUGAGCAGGCGGUCAUCGAUCUCAUCAAGGAGGCAGACUUCAAGAUCGACCUGGAGAUCCAGACAUUCGACAAGAGCGAUGACCAGCAGGCAAAGUCAGAUCCGCGGAGCAAUGGCUACAUGCAGGCCAAAAACAAGUUCAACCAGGAGCAGACCCCCAGCAACAAUGCGUCCGGAGGUCAGGGAAUGGGCCAAGGUCAGACCCAGGGUCAGGGCAUGGGUAUGGGUGGCAUGAACCGGCAGCAAACGAUGCAGAAGCGAAAUACCACAUUCACGGCUUCGAUGCGUCAAAAGCACAGCAACUAUGCUGAUGAGGAUGACGAGGAUACCCGCGACAUGACCGGUCGCAUUCGCACGGAGUCGGGCUAUGAGAUUGAUCGCGCCUCCGCCGGUAACUGCAAACUAAACAAGCAGGAGAAGGAUCGCGACAAGGAGCAGGAAGAUGACUUUGGCUACACGAUGGCUAAGAUCAACAAGCGGUACAACAUGAUGAAGGACCUGCGUAGAAUCGAGGUCCAGCGCGAUCCCAGCAAGCCACUAGGACUCGCCCUCGCUGGGCACAAGGAUCGCCAGAAGAUGGCCUGCUUCGUGGCCGGCGUGGAUCCCAAUGGAGUUUUGGCCAGUGUGGAUAUCAAGCCGGGCGACGAGAUCGUCGAGGUGAACGGCAAUGUGCUGAAGAAUCGCUGCCACUUGAACGCCUCCGCGGUGUUCAAGAACGUGGAUGGGGACAAGCUGGUGAUGGUCACCUCCAGACGCAAGCCCAACGACGAGGGCAUGUGCGUAAAGCCCAUUAAAAAGUUCCCCAGCUCGUCUGAUGAGACCAAGUUCAUCUUCGACCAGUUCCCCAAGGCGCGCACGGUACAGGUGCGCAAGGAGGGAUUCCUGGGCAUCAUGGUCAUCUAUGGCAAGCACGCCGAAGUGGGCAACGGCAUUUUCAUCUCGGAUCUGAGAGAGGGCUCGAAUGCCGAGUUGGCGGGCGUUAAAGUUGGCGACAUGCUGUUGGCCGUUAAUCAAGAUGUAACACUGGAAUCCAACUACGAUGAUGCAACUGGACUGCUAAAACGAGCCGAGGGCGUUGUGACCAUGAUUCUAUUGACUCUCAAGAGCGAGGAGUCCAUCAGGGCCGACAAGGAGGCGGAGGAGAAAAAGAAAGAGGAGGCCAAGAAAGAGGAGGAGAAGCCUCAGGAACCCGCCACAGCCGAGAUCAAGCCCAACAAGAAGAUUCUCAUUGAGUUGAAGGUGGAGAAGAAGCCGCUGGGCGUAAUUGUCUGCGGCGGCAAGAACAACCAUGUCACGACUGGCUGUGUGAUUACCCACAUUUAUCCGGAAGGAGUAGUGGCAGCCGACAAGCGACUGAAGAUCUUCGACCAUAUUUGCGAUGUGAAUGGUAAUGCAACCCACGUGGGCGCCAUGACGACACUGAAGGUCCAUCAGCUGUUCCACACCACAUACGAGAAGACGGUCAACUUGACGGUCUACCGCGCCGAUCCGCCGGAGCUGGAAAAGUUCAACGUGGACUUUAUGAAGAAACCCGGCAAGGAGCUGGGCCUCUCGCUGUCGCCCAACGAACUUGGAUGCACCAUUGCGGACGUAAUACAAGGACAGUACCCGGAGAUCGACAACAAACUGCAACGCGGCGAUAUUAUAACCAAGUUCAAUGGCGACUCGCUAGAGGGCCUCACGUUCCAGGUGUGCUACGCCUUGUUCAAGGGAGCCAACGGCAAGAUAUCGAUGGAGGUGACCCGGCCCAAGCCCACUCUGCGCACCGAGGCACCCAAGGCCUAGAGACGAUCCUCCUCCUCCGAUUUCGAAGCAGUGUAGCAUUCAAUAAAACGAUCCGAAAGUUCUAAUUCAAAACAA